CGCUGACUCAUCACCAAGCACCUUCGCAGCUCUUGUGGAAGCUCGGGGCGUCGGUCGAGACGCUGGCUUCGAGGCUUCGAAAAAAGCUUCGAAAAAGCGCUUGCGGUGCGACUGCCACGUCAUAGGAUCUAUUUAUAGCACGACGUGGCGCCUCAAAAUGGCGCCAAAUGUACCGGUUGGCGGGCCAUUUUGAGUCGCUACCUCGAGAGUUAUGGCGAUGACCACUUCCGCUUCCGACGCCAUGUGGCCGAUCCCGACGCUCCUUGCAUCGACGCCGUCGGGCCGCGAGGUCCGAGAGUACUACGUCGACGAAGGCACGCCCUCGGUAGACAUGACCGUCGCAACGCACGCGCCUCUGCGGUCCUCUGCGCUUCCAGACGCGCCGCUUUUGCCGUGGUGGGGCUUCUUCCUCGGCGCACUCAUCGCCAUGCUCAUGACGCUCGUCGUGUACAAGCUCGUGCGCGGCAAGCGAAAAGGCCGUCACUUGUACCGGACGGUCCCGCUCGCGCAACUCGUCUCGGUCUGCGAGUCGGGCGAAGGCGCAACCGAAGACUACGUCUUAAUUGAGGUCUAGUCCGUUUCGCAGCUCAACUCGAUAGAUAUAUACACGCCAAUAGAGAGAAUAUUUGAUUGCCU